AUGGCGCUCGUCCCACUGUCUGACAUGCACCGCCAUCUCGGCGGCCUCCUGUCUAGCAAGCUAGGCGCCGAAGUCGAGUUCCUGGUCGACAGGGAGAUGUUCGCCGCGCAUCGGCUGGCACACAGCAGACUCUUUGCAUUGCAUCAAGACGAGGUCCCCUCAUCGAUCCUGGCGGCCUCCUCCUUCCACCGCGCUCUCGGCGGUGGCGAAGCCGCGCGUACGGAGCUAGUACUGCUAGUCCUGUCUUCCGUGGUCGUCGCCUUGGCGUCCUCCGCCUCUGCCAUCGAUGAACGCAACCUCACCUCCGGGUUCGUCCAGGUGGAGCUCACGGAGAGCAACUUCAAGGUGCAGAGGCCCUACGACGUGCCGGAGAACCAGCGCUACAGCUACGACAACGUCACCGGCGUGCGCACCUUCUUGGUCUACGCCGGCGACAAGCCCUUCAACACCGUCACCGGCACCAAUCCCCGCACCGAAGUCCGCCUCGCCGGCCACGACUACUCAUCGGGGGUGUGCCAGUUCGAGGGCUACGGGUACGUGCCGACGGGGACCUCUGGCGCGUCGGUGAUGCAGAUCCACAACGAGCAGGGCGCCGCGCACGCCACGGUGCUGAUGCUGCAUGUCUACAACAGCACGCUGCGGUACUACAGCGGAGAGGCCAUGGAGGACAGCAUCUACGGCCGCUGGUUCCGCCUCAACGUGGUGCACGACGUCGCCGCGUCCACGGUCGCCGUCUACGUCGACGGCCGCCGCAAGUUAGGCGCCAGCGUCAUCCCCAGUAAAUCUUACUACUUCAAGUUCGGGGUGUACAUGCAGCACCACGACGUGUCGCCGCUCAUGGAGUCGCGCUGGAAGAACAUCACCGUAUACACGAAGAGCACGACGAGCAGCGCCAUGACGUGUCGCCGCUCAUGGAGUUCGCGCUAG